CCCACCAUCCGCCGCCCGCCAUACCCCCAGAAAUCAAAACCCACCUCUCUCUCUCUCUCUCUCUCUCUCUCUCUCUCUCAUGGCCACCGUCUCAUCUCCAAACCCUAGUUGCAGAACAAUCCACAUUUCUACCUCUCUUCCCAAACCCUACCCUUCCUUCUUCAAUCCCUUCAUCCUCCCCAAAUUCUGUGUCUCCCCUAGGUCUUCUUCCAUCUCCUGUACUUUCACCCGAGACUCUCCGACUCGCCCAAUGGAGCUCCAAGACCAGAGUUUGGUUCGCCCCCGACUCGGGGUUCUCCAGAGACCUGACUCGUUCGGCCGAUUCGGCAAGUUUGGUGGGAAGUAUGUACCUGAAACCCUCAUGUACGCUCUCACCGAGCUCGAAUCUGCGUUCAAUGCUCUCGCCGCAGACCAAGACUUCCAGAAAGAGCUGGAUGUGAUACUGAAAGAUUAUGUUGGUAGAGAGAGCCCUCUGUAUUUUGCAAAACGGCUUACUGAGCACUAUAAACGUCCCAAUGGCGAAGGGCCACACAUUUACCUCAAGAGGGAAGAUCUUAAUCAUACUGGUGCCCACAAAAUCAACAAUGCUGUGGCUCAAGCUUUGCUAGCCAAGCGCCUGGGGAAGAAACGCAUUAUUGCUGAAACGGGGGCUGGUCAGCAUGGAGUUGCCACUGCUACUGUAUGUGCUCAGUUUGGCUUAGAGUGUGUUAUUUAUAUGGGUGCUCAAGAUAUGGAAAGGCAAGCUUUAAAUGUGUUUAGAAUGCAGCUUCUUGGUGCUGAGGUUAUACCAGUUCAUUCCGGGACGGCCACACUGAAGGAUGCUACAUCAGAAGCUAUACGGGAUUGGGUGACUAAUGUGGAAUCAACCCAUUACAUAUUGGGAUCUGUUGCUGGGCCACAUCCAUACCCCAUGAUGGUUCGAGAGUUUCAUGCAGUGAUUGGUAAAGAGACAAGGAAACAGGCAUUGGAAAAAUGGGGUGGGAAACCAGACGUUCUUGUUGCAUGUGUUGGUGGAGGUUCAAAUGCCAUGGGACUCUUCCAUGAAUUUGUUAAUGAUGAAGAAGUUAGGCUGAUUGGUGUGGAAGCUGCAGGUUUUGGAUUGGAUAGUGGUAAGCAUGCCGCUACCUUGACAAAAGGAGAGGUUGGCGUGCUGCAUGGAGCUAUGAGCUAUUUAUUGCAGGAUGAAGAUGGGCAAAUAGUCGAGCCCCAUUCCAUUAGUGCAGGACUAGAUUACCCUGGUGUUGGACCGGAACACAGCUUUCUGAAAGAUUUAGGACGUGCUGAAUACUAUAGCAUCACGGAUGAAGAGGCAUUGGAAGGGUUUAAGAGAUUAUCUAGACUAGAGGGCAUAAUUCCAGCUCUGGAGACAUCUCAUGCAAUUGCGUAUCUGGAGAAGCUGUGUCCCACCCUCCCAAAUGGAACUAAGGUUGUGCUUAACUGCAGUGGCAGAGGAGAUAAGGAUGUUCAGACUGCCAUUAAAUAUUUGCAGAUUUAAUAAUAAUAAUAAUAAGAAGAAGAAGAAGAAGAAGAAUGGUGCUUGUAUGAUAAUGUCAUAGGACCCAGAAGGGUUUAAUCCUCAAGAAAUAUCCUUUUUCGAGUUUUUUUCUCUUUUUCCAAAGGGUCUGUUUUUUGUAUGAAGGAAAAGAAAUUUUGUUCCGUUGAAUUUGAAUUUGACAACUUUCAAUUUUAGUCAAAAAAUUAUUGUAACUUAUCUCAUCA